AUGAUGUUUCCUUCGUUUGGCUUUCAAACCGCCGUUGGAUCAGUCCAGGACUAUAUCAAUACUCAUCAGCUCGCUGAUUAUAGCGUCAGUGAUGUCGGAUGGAUCACAGCUGUGCUUGUGUUCUUGACUUUAUUCCUGGGAGUUCAAGUCGGGCCGCUCUUCGAUACGUAUGGACCAAAGGUCCUCCUGAUAGUCGGUAGCCUUGCGAAUUUUGCUUGUUAUAUGCUCUUGGCAGAAUGCACAGAGUAUUGGCACUUCAUGCUUUGUCUUGGGAUUCUGGGGGGUGUCUCAUCUGCCGUUAUUACUACCGUUUCAAUUUCGGUUCUGAGUCACUGGUUUUAUCGGCGCCGUGCCUUGGCAUCUGGAAUUUGCAUGGCAGGAUCAUCGACCGGUGGAGCGAUCAUUCCCUUGCUUCUCCGAACACUCUUUCAAAAGUAUGAUUGGCUCUGGAAAAUGCGCAUAAUUGCUUUUAUGGCUCUAGGGUGCUACACCCUAGGUGUGUUCUUGGUAAAGGGAAGACUUCCAUCUAGUAGCAAAAUCAGGGUAACCAUUGACAUCCGAGCAUUGGCUUCACCCCGGCUUUGCUUUCUUGCGGUUGCUGUUUUCUCAUUCGAAUUUAUUAUAUUUGGUUGUGCGGCCCUGCUCCCCACAUAUGUGCGCUAUGCUGGCUUCUCAGAAGAUCUUCAGUUCUACUCGCUGACGCUGUCGAAUGGAAUGAGUCUGUUCGGCAGAGUCCUACCCGGGUUUGCUGCCGAUCAGGUUGGGAGAUUCAACAUCUUGUUGUCCAUGGUCUGUCUCACCUUAAUAAUUAUGGCAGGACUUUCGCUCCCAUAUGGAUCCCAUAACGAGGCCACGCUCUAUGCCGUAGUUGCGAUAUUCGGCUUUGGCUCUGGUGGAUGGUUAUCGUUGGCCCCUGUUUGUGCAGGACAACUUUGCAAAACUGAAGAGUAUGGUCGAUUCUAUGGAACAAUUUACAGUGUCGCCGCGUUUGGAGUCCUCCUCACGGUGCCCGUCGGGGGCAAAUUGCUUCAAUCAACGACUCCCCAGGUUCUCAUUGGAUUCUACUCCGCUAUUUUGUUUGUUGGGUUGAUCGGUGUAGCACUAUCGCGUUGGGCGGUGUUGGAUUGGCGCUGGAAAUGGAAGGUCAAGAUUUAA